UAGGGAAUUUUCUAGCUGUUUUUUAAGUGUCAAAUGUUUUAUAAAAUUAUACAAAAUUUUCAUUAGAAAUUAAGGAAUUCGAUGAACAGCAUGUAAGCUUAGGCAUGGCUUCUGUAUUUGCCUGUGAAUUUGAGGUGUUUGGCAAAGUGCAAGGCGUUUACUUUCGGCGCCAUGCGGAGAUCAAAGCCAAGACACUCGGACUGCGUGGUUGGUGCAUGAACACAGCGAGUGGCACCGUCAAGGGCUACAUUGAGGGACCACGCGUUGAGGUGAAUCUGAUGAAAGAUUGGCUCAAAACAACCGGCAGUCCCUCAUCGAAUGUGCAGAAAGCAGUGUUCAGCACAGAUCACGAGAAACGUGACUAUGCUUUCAAGAACUUUCAAAUACUGCCCGAUAUGCAUAAAGAUGCUCAUCAUCAGCAUCAUCAUCGACAAACGAGUCACAGAGAGAAAACAAAGAGACACUAAGCAAAAAACGUAAAUAGAGCAGGUUGCAUAGAAGCUUAAUAAAUGCUGAUGCGGAUUCCUUAAAGUUUAA